CACACGAACUGGACUCUCCCUUCUCUACCGCCCUCUACCGCCUCCUGGAACCCUCCCCGUCGGACCCUUCCCCAUUCUUCAGGACUCCAGAUCGGCUCGACUGCAAGGCUGGCAGCCUCGGGUCCCCCGGAACCAUGGUGAAGUUGGGGAACAAUUUCGCGGAGAAGGGCACCAAGCAGCCGCUGCUGGAGGAUGGCUUCGACACCAUCCCCCUGAUGACGCCCCUCGAUGUCAAUCAGCUGCAGUUCCCGCCCCCGGAUAAGGUGGUUGUGAAAACUAAGACUGAAUAUGAACCUGACCGCAAGAAAGGCAAAGUGCGUCCUCCCAAGAUAGCAGAGUUCACGGUCAGCAUCACCGAGGGCGUCACCGAGAGGUUCAAGGUGUCCGUGCUGGUCCUCUUCGCCCUGGCCUUCCUCACCUGUGUCGUCUUCCUGGUCGUCUACAAGGUGUACAAGUAUGACCGCGCCUGCCCUGACGGCUUCGUCCUCAAGAACACCCAGUGCAUCCCAGAAGGCUUGGAGAGCUACUAUGCAGAGCAAGACUCCAACGCCCGGGAGAAAUUUUACACCGUCAUCAACCACUACAACUUGGCCAAGCAGAGCAUCACCCGCUCCGUGUCGCCGUGGAUGUCCGUUCUGUCCGAAGAGAAGCUCUCGGAGCAGGAGACGGAGGCCGCGGAGAAAUCCGCUUAGCGAGAUGGGCAAGUUCCUUAACGGUGUUGCUUGAAGGUAACAAGGGGACUUUGAGGGACAUUUCAUCAAAUAUAAUUACUGAUAAUUUAUAGAGGUUACUCAUGUAUGGUGCAACCGCUUCUGUUUGCUAAUUGCUGCUUUGCAAAUACAACUUGCUGCGGACCAUUCACGGGCGUAAAGUCAAGUGCGUAUCAGCACUGCUUAGGGAGCUCUGCCACCACUUUCCAUGUUAGGGAAUCUUAAUUUAGUGACUUUCCUGGGAUUUACUGGAUGCUGUCAAAAAAACAAAAAAUUUACACUGGACAUGCAAGGGGUUUGAACUUCAGAUAGAUAAUACUGCAUUUUGUGGAAUUGAUUUUUGUUUUCUUUUAAACCACAUUGCUGUUUUGCAAACUUUACUCCACAGCCGUAUCUAGAGUGAUCCCUGCUGUGCUAAGGGCAAGCUGUACUUCAUGUUUCUUCCCACCUCCCAGAAUGGUAUUCCGAUAGGCCAAGAAGCCCAUGCCCCAUAGUGAGUGGUGGAGGAGGGUGGGAAGGAAGCAGAGAGGCCCCCGGGGGGGGGGGGGUGGCCAUGCACUCCUCUCCCGCGCUCACUGCUGAGUGCACAGGCGCUGCAGCGAGGCGGCGGCCUCUCUGUACAGAGGGCGCUGGCUGGGUGGAGGAGCCAGUGCCUGUGGACUGGGUCAGAGCACGUGAGGUGGGGACUCUGGGAGGAGGCAGGCGCCCGUCUCCCUGUAGGUAGUCUGUCUGCUCUGUGAUGGGCGGAGUAGGAAUGAGACCCAACCAGCCCUUUUGUCCAUGUCUAUUAUGAACAAGUUUGCACCGACAAGCCCGUUAGCAGGUUAGUUUUGAAACACUUAGUUGGGUGGGGAGAGUGAAAAGUGUAAUUGCUGGUAUAAGUCAAGGCUAUGUUGAUUUUUAUUUUGUGGGACAGAUGUAACUCCUUUGAUGUAAGAAAUAGGCUGGAAAGGCUGGCGGGG